UCCAAGUGAAGCUUCUUGGCACCAUUGGCAAGCCUGCGCUACAUGUUGCCCCGUUUGCGCUACUACCUCACCACGGGCGCAGGAAUGGAGGCGCAAGGUGGAUCAGUUGGUGCCGGAGGUUCCGCUUCUGGCGGUGGUGCUUACCUCAAAGGAAAGGGAGAAACGCAGUUGCAGAUGGACAGGACACUCUUGAAAAAGCGUAUCUCUGCUUGCAUGAAGCAGUUGGAGGAGGUGAGGAAAGUGCGAGCGCGGCAACGAGACCGUCACAACAGCCUUGGUUUGCCGAUCGUGUCAUUAGUGGGUUACACCAACGCUGGAAAGUCAACCUUGAUGAACGCCUUGGCACAAAACACCGAGGUGAAAGCAAAGGAUCGACUCUUUGAAACCCUGGACCCAACGAGACGCUCCGUGACAUGGCCAGGUGGUCGCACAGUGAUGUUGGCAGAUACCGUGGGCUUUAUUCAGAGGCUUCCCGAACAGCUGGUGGCGGGCUUUCGCGCCACUUUAGAGGAGGUGGUUGAGACCGACCUGAUUCUCCAUGUGGUCGAUGUCUCUUCCCCCACUGCGGCUCAACAGAUCGCCAGCGUUUUGAAGACUCUGAAGCGGCUGCCGCACUUUAAGCCGAGUACGCCGCAAAUCAUGGUCUACAAUAAGAUUGACAAAUUGGAAGGUGGCAAAGCCGAAGAACUUGAGCAAAGUUUAAGCUAUCCUCAUCCCGGAAUCAUCGGACACGUCCAGGUGUCGGCUUUGCAGGGCAUUGGCUUUACGGCUUUGGCAGAGGCCAUUGAGGAUACCUUGAUCAAACACACAGACUUCGGAGCGAACCGAUUGAAACUGUUGAUACCUUAUGCGGACUCUGCUCUUUAUUCGCAGAUGAAAAGUGGAGAUCAACAGGUGAAGAUCAACUUUGAGGAACCCACCAGCGAUGGAUACUUGAUGGAAGUCACUGCUUCCCCCACUGCUGCCAGAAUGCUGAAAGACUUUGAGGUAAGCGAAGAAGACUUUGAACUGAUCUCAUCUAUGUGAGUGGCCGCUGCAUCCGUAGCUGAUGGCGCCGGAGGUAAAGCGGUUGAUGAAUAGUCGGUGAAUGGUUGUUUAAUACAUGGGUGGUGAAUGG